AUGACUAAUUCAAGUCUCAUUGCUAGGUCAAAAGUGAAAGUGAGACACCCACUCAAAACCAACCAGACAGUGGAAACACAUGCCAAUAGGCAACCCAACACCCGUGCACUGACAAAGGAAGGUGAAUGCCAGUGUGCUGUGGAAGGUUUGCCAGAAGUCCCAGCAGUGCCACAGCCAACAGCUGCUGCAGAAGCAGCAAAAGAACCUGAAGCUCCAGCAGCUGAAGAGCCGCCAGCAGCAGAGGAGGCUGUAGCUGUACAAGAGCUUCAACCAGCAGAGGGGCCUGAAGCAGCAGAGGAGCCUCAAGUGGUAGAAGAAGCUGAGCCUGUCAUAACUGAAGCAGCUGAGCCUGAAGUAACUGAGGCAGCUGAGCCUGAAGUAACUGAGGCAGCUGAACCUGAAGCAACAGAGGCAGCUGAGCCUGAAGUAACCGAGGAAGCUGAGGCUGAAGUAACUGAAGCAGCUGAGCCUGAAGUAACUGAAGCAGCUGAGCCUGAAGUAACUGAAGCAGCGGAGCCUGUAGUAACUGAGGCAGCAGAAGGGGCUGCUGAGGAGGCUGCUGAAGCACCAGCAGAAGCAGCUCAAGUAUCUGAAGAAGCACCAGCGCCACAGGAAGAAGGAGCAACAGGUGUCUGCAUAUGUCCAGAAGAAGUACCCGAACCAAAAGAGGAACCAGUUUGUAGGUGUGCUUCUGCAGUAGGAGUAGCUGCACCAUCACCACCGCCACCAGGUGAAGCUGCACCACCUCCAGCAGGCGAAGCUGCACCUCCAGCAGCCGAAGCUGCACCACCAAAAGCUGAACCGACAGCAAAAGUUGACACAGUGGAUUAUGGUCCACGAGUUGAUCAUAUAACAGAUUGUGAUACAGAAUUUGAUGAAUUCCAAGAAGUUCCUGAAGCUGUAAAGAAAGCUAUAGCAGAAGAAGAAGCAGCAUUGUACGCUAAGGCAUUCCCGCCAGUUAUGCCAGUGAUCACCCGUCCUCCUCCAGCUGCUCCUACAGAGGCUCCAGCAGAAGCACCUGCAGCUGAAGCACCCGCAGCGGCAGCAGAACCGGCUGCAGCUGCUGAGCCUGGUGCAGCUGAGGCAGCUGCACCUGAAGCACCAACAGCACCACCUGAAGAAGGUGCACCUGAAGCAGCUGGACCUGAAGCAGCUGCACCUGAAGCAGCUGCACCUGAAGCAGCUGCGCCUGAAGCAGCUGCAGUGACAGCAGCACCAGCUGCAGCUGCUGGUGAUCAGUCUGCACUGGAUCAGUUAAUCGAAAUGACUAAAGCUCUUCAAGCAGCAUUUGAGCACAUAAGGGUACAGCAGUGCUAUCCUCAUUCACCUUACCAAUCUGUGUGA